UUGCUCCCGAUCGAGGCGCACAUUCCCGGAGGAUACCGGUACUGCGGACCUGGAACGAAACUGGAGAAGCGUCUGGCUCGAGGAGAUCCACCGAUCAACGGCCUGGACUCAGCUUGUAAGGACCACGACAUUGCCUACAGCAAAACUAGCGACACCAAGGAGAGGAACAGAGCCGACUUGGAGUUGGCCGACAAAGCCUGGCAACGCGUCACAGCGGGAGAUUCCUCUCUCGGAGAACGUGCAGCAGCUUACGCCGUUACGAACGCGAUGAAGCUAAAAGCGAAAAUGGGAAUGGGAGCGCGCCGUCGUCCCCAUCGCGGUGGCUGUGUGAAGAAGAAGAAGAAAGUCGGCAACGCGAUCCGACGUAAACGGAAGACUACCAAGGGUGCCGGUGUCAAACGCAAGAAGACCGCAACCAAACGUCGAAACCGAGUUGUUACGCGCAUCAUCCCCGUGCCGAAAACCGGAGGAAACUUAGAAUCCACGUUAUCGCGGUUAGGUCUAACGACUAGCUCCAUCCCACCAGCCGUGAAGAAAAUCACGACUGUUCUCAGAAGGAAGAAGAAGAAGAAGACCGGAACUCGUAUCGGCAAGGGGUUGUACCUGCGUCCCUACCGUUCCGGUUACGGACUUUACCUGAAACCGUGGGCGCCCGAUUUAAACUGAUUCGAGAGCUGCCGCUGAA